CCAAGCAGGAAGCAGCAGCCACUGUCUCUCCCCAUCGAUCAGCCUCGGCCGGUCAACCGAUGGAGCAGCAUUUCGCCGUCACCUUCCCGCCGGGAUCCUACUACCAGCACCACCGCUACUCCGCCGCCGCCGCCGCACCGUCUUCCUACUACGACAUGAGCGACAUGGACGACAUGGCCUUCCUCGGCACCCUCUUGGAGUCCACGGAUCAUGCCUCCUGCUCUGACCCCUCUCUCUCUUCAAGCUCGUCCUCCUCCGACAUGACGGCCGUGGGGGCUGCCGCACCACAUGUGCCCGUGGGCAGCAGCUCGCCGAAGGGCCGCGGUCACCAAGCCCCGGCAGCCAUGCCCAUUAUGGCCAAGGACUUCAUUGGGGUGCGCACGCGCCCGUGGGGCAAGUUCGCGGCCGAGAUCCGGGACUCGACGCGGAACGGCGCCCGCGUGUGGCUCGGCACCUUCGGCAGCCCGGAGGCGGCCGCCAUGGCCUACGACCAGGCUGCCUUCUCCGCGCGCGGUGAGGCCGCCGUGCUCAACUUCCCCGUCGAGCGCGUCCGGGAGUCGCUCCGCGCGCUUGCGCUCGGCGCCGUCGUGGGCUCGCCCGUGCUCGCGCUCAAGCGCCGCCACCGCACACGCAGGCGGUCGCCCAACAAGAGGCCCGUGAAGCAGCAGCGCCGGGUUGCCGCCGUGCAGGAGGCAUCGCGGUCUGCCACGACCGGCGCGGUGGUGCUGGAGGACCUCGGCGCCGAGUAUCUGGAGGAGCUCCUCCGGGUGUCCGAGCCGCCCAUGGAUCAUUUCAUCCACUCAACGGCGACGGCGUCGUCCUCACACUGCAAGCUUGUAUGCUUGGAUUAG